AUGCCUUACGAUCCUGGUCCUCGUUAUGGGCAUCGCAGACCCCUUCUACCCCAAAGCCUCAAGGCACUCGUGUUUUCUCGGGUCAUCGGGAUGGACUUGCUCAUGGUGUUGAGCACAAGAGCGGCUUACGUGUUCUCGGUUGUCUCGUUUGGGUACAUGAUUGCUGGCAAACCUCUAUCGACUGGCGAGUUCUUCGACGCUUUUUGUUACCCUCAUCAUGUUCGGGCGCUGGGUCGCGUCGCUGGCUCGGCAGAAGGCUGCUGGAUCGGUCUCAAUACUAUCCUUGCAAACCCCACCGCUAUACUUGUCUACCACAAGGGACAAGACAAAGACGUUGACACUAGGUUCCUCCAAUACGGCAGAUGUUUUCAAGGUCGCGCCAGACUCGCAGAUACCCACGGAUGGCACAGUGGUCACUGGCUCGUCUGA